ACCGAGUUAGAAAGAGAAGAAGAUUGUGUUAGAUUAAAGUUGAAUAGAAAAAAAGGAAACGGCAAAAGAGGCAUCGGUAGAACAGGCUGCUACUCAGAAGAAAUGAAGAUGAAAUAUGGAGACACCCAUGAAUCUCCCAGGGCAAUGGAUGAAGGUACUAGUUUAGAGACUUCUCACAAAGGACAUAGGCACUGA